AGUUCGACGACAUGUCUUCAGUUACGGUGAAAACGUUAAGUAGUCAUGUGUGGUUGUAUUUAUUCAGAAUAAGUAUGAUAAAAUUGCUCGAUUAUUAAAAAUAAACUCGCAUUUGUUUCACACGUUUAUCUGGAAACUGUUGAGCAGGAUAUAUAGCUAGACGUCUUCCUCGUGGAGUAAUUAUUGAAUGAUGUACAUAGCCACACGACCAGUAGUUUUAUUUAUAAUAACAAUUAUAUAUUUUGUGAAUGGGUGUUUAAAUGCAACGGUACAAAAAGGUGCCUACACGCCAAUUACAAAAGGACAUGGCAAUAUGUUAAAAUUUAUAUUGCCAGGAACCAAUCAUGAUAAGAAGAACGUAAGACUACUAGAGGACGCCAACAAUCAACCAGUUAUAAAUACGUCAGGAAAAGAUGUUCGUAAUACUUAUGCUGAAAACGAAAUCUGCAAUUUAACGAUUGAUCCACGAUUAGUCAACACAUUUCGGCAUGCAGUUGUCAGUUCCGGAAGCAACUUUGUUUUCUUAAAUCUAACACCAGACCAUGGAUCUGGUGUUGUAUUUAAACAUCCCACGCUAAUAAUCAGCGACAACAUUUGGAUAUGGACAUUUUGGGGACGGAAAGGUGCUUUCGAGUUCCUCAAAUGGCCUGCUGAAUUUGGAAUUUGGUCAAUGACAUUGCUGUACGAAAAGGUGAUAAGAAAACCCGUGAAUAUACCUCUACAGCGAAUAUCCGGUAACUGCCUUAAUAUUACUGUCGGCAAUCAAGAAGAUGAUAAGAAAAUUGCGAAUGCAUUGAAGAGUUUGGUAGAUGAAAUGAUGACAAUUGAUAAAGAAACAUAUGGACCCAGCUUCUUCUGUUACAAGAUGCGACAGUACAUAGAACCUUAUGUUCUUUGUAAACACGUGGUAUGCCCCAUCGAAGCUGUACAACACAAUUGUUGCGACUACUUCUACAAUAACACUAUUAAUCCAAGAAGGGAGAUGAAGUGUAGAGAGCAAACAUUUGAAUAUGACAACAUCUGGUGGGCUCUUCCUAGCAUUGUAUCGUUUACUCUUUUCAUAUAUUGUCCUAUUGUCAUCAUGUACACACUGUAUAAAUGUUCUUCACAUAAAAAGAGUACCAUUAAGUUAUCUGAAAUUCAAAGGACACUUGGCCAACGUGGAAUUUCAAAUGCGGACACAGAGAGCAGUCGAUUUUCAAACGAGGACACAUUCAUAUUUGAAGAUACCAAUCAUGUUACCUUGGUCAACACUUUGUUUAUGCCAAUGAAAGAAUGUCAUGACGGAAAUGACGGUGAUCAAAGCAAUUGUGUGAGUUGUUGUUCAGGGCGAUUUGCAAGAUUAUUUUUUCCAUUUCUUAGUUUCGUCAUUAUUGGACUUCAACUUUUACUGGAUUACAUAUUUUUAUAUGAUUUUGUCAUUGACUCCGCCGAUAGUGGGGUACUUCUUGGGUUUCGCUCCAUGAUAACAGGUUAUUCAAAGAGCAAAGAGAACUUCUUGCCGUAUAUCGGUGGUCCUUACGUAGCUCUUGCCUGCUAUUUGCUUAUUACUGAGCUACUUGUUGUUAUGCCUGCUUCACUGAACAACCUUCUAUCUGAAGCUAUAUUGGUGAAUCGAACAUCAAGGUCCGAGUUUGAGUCAUCCCCAAUUUUACUCACAGUAAAAAGGAUAGGCAUUCUGGGUUCUAAAAAUGUGUAUGUUGCAAACGGGUAUUACAAAAUAUACACUCUUUUUAUUGCACAGUUUUUUAUGCUCUUUAAUAUCAAGUAUUGGAAGCACGCAAUCGCAAUUCAGAUACUACGAUGGGGAAAGAUUAAAAGAAAGGUUGGAUGUUUACCCUUCUUACCAUUUUAUUUGGCAAUAUGCUUUAUAGAGCUGUUUCUUUCGCUGUUUAUAUACGGCUUUCCGAUUAUUUCAUUCGGUAUUAUUAUGGUCAAAGCAUACUGUAGACCUUUUCGAAGAAGCGUUUAUUCGGACUUAGUUGGGAAAUAUAUUUGGACAGCAGUUCUUGUGGUUGCAGUGUUAUUUUUUCUGUUUAUGUUUGGAAAUAUUUUCCUCGACGCAACAUUAUUCAUAUCGCGUGUUGCUAUAUUCACUUUCACUGGAUUAAUUGUCUAUCCCAAAUCGUCUUACGGGUACAUUAUUUUUGUUAUCACCGUUUUCUAUUAUAUUUCGGAGAGUAUAAAUGAUUUUUCGAUGAUUUAUCGUCGACUACUGAGUGAUAUCGUGAGAAUAGCAAGUUCAUUGGAAAGGGGAAAUAUGUGUUUGCAAAUGAGAGUGAUUUAUAAGUACAAAGGUAGAAGAGCAGUUCGGGAAUCUUUGUUUGAACUUGUCGUAGAAACCAUUUGCCCAAGGCGAAAGCUUUUCUUUCUUACAUUCCUUAAAACAGUCGUGAUCAUUGGGAUUCUGUGGGUUUGUUUAAAUCUGCUGAUUAAGACGGACAGUUUCAAGGAACUUCAUGUAAUUAUGCAUGUUGGGACGGCUUUAUUAAUUUGUGCAAUUCCUCAAAUAUUCAAAAGAAUAUGCAAAGACAAGCAGCGACAUAGCAUUUCUGGGCCCUAUGGAAAGGAGCUAACGCAUACUGUAAAAACGUAUUUGGGUUAUUUUGUAGAGGAGGACAGUGAUAGCUCAGAGUGUGACGCGUAUUCUUUUAAUAACGUUUAAUUUGAAACCAACUCCUUUAAAACUCAGAUUGAAGAGCAGACAGCGUAAAAUAAGUAUAUGAUACACUCGACCGUUAUAGCGAACGUAUAUAUUCAGGAAUGAUAUAUUAUUGUUUCCGAGCUACAAAUAGAUUAAAAUUUGGAUAAUUGGUGACCCCAUAUAAUAUAUAUAACAUAAUGGUACUAUUUGAUAGUUUUUUCGAGUUCAAUUGAAGUAAAACACGCAUAUAUAUAUAUUACGAAAUUAUUUUUUUUACAUAUUUGGAACAAGUAAUUAUUUAUGAGCUUAACCAUACGAGUUUUAUUUAUAUGCGCCUAUUUUUUCUUACACAAAAACGCAUUCAAAUGAGCCAACCGUAUAGCAUUUUUCUGAACGUUCUCUGUUCUACAAUGUCACGUUUACGGCGUUAGAUGUUCGGAUUCUUUUCUUUUAAUCAGGCAGAAAAAAAACAAAUUAAAAUGUUGAUCAUUCAUUCCAUUACUAUCGUAAAAGAAUUGCACAUUCAGUUUAAGUUUGAUACAUGUCAGUAUGACGUCACUUGGGUUGCUAGGCAACUGUAGUUGUUCUUUUAUACUAAAGUGUAGUAUUCCAACAACAUGCGCAGUUUAAGUGUUUAAUUUUAAAAUAAAUCAAACAAGAUUUACAAGCAAUAUUCUUUAAUUUACAUCAAAAUAUUGAGAUCACUGGUGACUGUCAAUAUAAUAUAAUAAUACAUUUGACACCAAAGUACAAGCAUACAUCUUAACAUGAACGUUAUAUAAUAAUCAUGUAUGUGGUGUACCUACAAUUAUUUCGCAGUUAAUUUUCUAUCAAUAUUUUUCAUGUAAUGCGUGUCUUCAAAACAUUGUUUAACGACUAUGGAUCAUUCCACAACAUUAUAUGAAGCAGUGUAAAAACCAAGAAUAUUUUUUAUCAUAAAACAGAUGGAAUAACUUAAUUGAUAAAUAUUCAAGUGUCUCAAGUAAUCUGACCACUACAUAUUACAUGAACGUCUUUUAAGAUGCAAACCCCGCGCAAAACUGUUCCCGUUUCUCUUUCGGACACGUGUUUGCUAACACUCCGACGGAGAUAUUCCUUCCUGUUCAAGCUUAGACCAGCCGCUUGAACCGGUUCCGGCCUGGUGUCCACUAAAAACCUGAAGGAGCGGUCCUUAAGGAGGUUGAUAUGUGUUUCUUCGCCACCCCUUUUUUCCUUUACAAUCACGAUGCCUGGCAGACUGGCUGUGAACCUGAAAUGUUGGUAUUUCCUGAAAAAGAAUUAACUUAAUAAUAAUUGAAUAAUUUGGUCUGUUAUUAGGUAAAACGGGUCUCCAUCGAAAAUGCAAUUCCUGUUAUAUAAUAUGGAUCUACGCAGAAAAAUAUUUUAAUAUAUUAAAAAUAACUGUACAAUACAGUAAACCAAAAUCUCAAUAUUAACGUAACACACAAAUAUUUACCGUAUUCCUACAAAUGACUUGAAAUGCCUGGAUAGGAACGAUUUCCAAUCUCUCCAGAUCCACUGCGGGUAGCGCACCGAUACGUUGGUCACAUAUGUAUAUAUUUAUAUUUUGACCUUAUGUAUGAUGUAAUUCCAGUCAUUCUUUUACAUUUAAGUAAUUAGCAAUUAAGUACCUUGAUGAUAAGGGGUCAUAAUUAACAUAAAUGUUUGCUUUCAGAGAACAAGCUUAUUUGUUGGUCUGAUUCCUUAAGUAGUUCAAAGAGAAGAAAGAAUAUAUGUAUCAUAUUUUUAUUAUUUCACAAUGGGCCGAUUGUUAAGAACUUUGUUGAAGUAAACAAUGUGAUUAACGAGAGUGAUGUUAACUUUUCAACGUUAACCACUUGAUGAUGUGCUAUUACAUUUAAUGACACCCCCCCCCCCCCGAUAAAACAGCUGUCUUUCAUAUUAUAAGAAAACAGUGCUGAUAACAAAUGUAUUCAUUAAACUUCCAGACCAGUGAAGAUGUUAAAAAUAACAACGGUGACGUUAACAACGUUGUUAACUUAAACAAUGAUCUGAACAAUCGGCCCAUUGUGUUUAUGACCUUUGAUUGAAGCGUAUGUACUAUAUAUAAUUUCCGCAUUGUCUACCCAUUAUGUUUUGUAAUUACUUCCUUACUGAUUGAGAUUUUAAAGUGAUUGUGAUGUUACGUAUUUGAUCAUUGUAAUUAAAUCGAAGGCAUCUUGCGAUUGUUAUUGAAUGAUGUUUGCUUAAAUGUACACUUGAUUUAAAUAUAACGGUGUUUAACUAAUUGUUAUGUUUUUUUUUUGUGAAAUCCAUCUUCUAUAAAAAUAAUCGAAUCAAUUAUUUCAUUAUAUAUUUUUUUAUAUUAUACGAAACUCAAAGAACAUAAUUAUAUUGUUAUUGCACUGACUAGUUACUAUCAAAUAAUUGGAGCAUAACUUGUGUUUCAUUAACGUAUUUCUUACAUGAGUUUCAAAUUAGAAUAAAACAAGGACUACUGUUUGCUUAUUCAAUUGAUGUGUUUAACAAAGUCUUUAUAUUUUCGGUGUAUAUUAUACUCUUAUACAUUUUUCUCUUCCUCGUAAACAUUUUCUUUUUUUAUCAAUUGUGUUCUAUCGUAUUUAACCCCAUAUUAUAAUUUACUAACCA